AUGGCUGAGCAAUCCCCGAAGAAGCUGACCAGAAUCGGGCUCGCGGGCCUCGCCGUCAUGGGCCAGAAUUUAGCCCUCAACAUCGCCGAGAAAGGCUUCCCCAUCUCCGUCUACAACCGGACCACAUCCAAAGUCGACGAGACCGUCGAGCGGGCCAAGGCCGAGGGCAACCUCCCCGUCCUCGGCUUCCACGACCCAGAAUCCUUCGUCAAGUCGAUCCAGAAGCCCCGCGUCGUCAUCAUGCUCGUCAAGGCGGGCCCGCCCGUCGACCAGACGAUCGAGACCCUCUCGGCCUACUUAGAGCCCGGCGACUGCAUCGUCGAUGGGGGCAACGAGUGGUACGAAAACACCGAGAGGCGUGAGAAAGCCGUCUUGAGCAAAGGUCUGUUGUACCUCGGGAUGGGCGUCUCGGGCGGCGAGGAAGGUGCCCGAAACGGGCCCUCACUCAUGCCCGGUGGGUCCCACGAGGCUUACAAAUACAUCGAGGACAUCAUUGUAAAAGUGGCAGCCCAAGUUCCCGAUAGUGGGCCUUGCGUGACCUACGUCGGGAAAGGCGGGUCGGGUAAUUUCGUGAAAAUGAUCCACAACGGGAUCGAAUAUGGGGACAUGCAGCUGAUUGCCGAGGCGUACGACGUUUUGAAAUCUGUUGGGAAGCUCUCGAAUGACGAGCUGAGAGCCGUUUUCUCCGAGUGGAACAGAGGGGAGCUGCAGAGCUUCUUGAUCGAAAUAACGGCCGAUAUUUUCGGGAUCAAGGAUGAUAAAGCGGACGGUUUUUUGGUCGACAAGGUACUCGACAAAACCGGGAUGAAGGGCACCGGGAAGUGGACCGUGCAGCAAGCGGCCGAGUUAUCGGUUGCUGCCCCCACGAUCGAGGCCUCGUUGGAUUCGAGAUUCUUGAGUGGGCUGAAGGAGGAAAGAAUCGAGGCUGCUAAGGUUUUUAAAUCGGGCGGUUUUGGAGAUAUUUUGACCGACCAGCCAGUCGACAAGGAACAGUUGGUUCAUGAUGUGAGGCAAGCACUUUACGCAUCGAAAAUCUGCAGUUACGCGCAGGGGAUGAAUUUGAUACGUGCAAAGAGUAUCGAAAAAGGCUGGGACUUGAAGCUGGGGGAAUUGGCCCGGAUUUGGAAAGGGGGAUGUAUUAUUCGGGCCAUUUUCUUGGACCGUAUCAAACGGGCCUAUGACAGGAACCCGGAUCUUGCGAACCUGCUGGUGGACCCAGAGUUUGCAAAGGAGAUUAUCGAGAGGCAAGCGGCUUGGAGGAGGGUCGUUUGUUUAGCCAUCAACUCGGGCAUUAGCACGCCUGGUAUGUCUGCUAGCCUUGCUUAUUUCGAUACGUACAGAAGGGAGAGGUUGCCGGCUAAUUUGGUGCAGGCACAGAGGGAUUAUUUCGGGGCACACACGUACGAGCGUGUGGAUGUGCCCGGGUCAUUCCACACCGAGUGGUUCAAGAUUGCGAAAAAUAUCGGUAACUGA